CCCUACUGUCCUUCAUGGGUAGGAAAUAAGCACAGUUGUUGGUGAGACUCUGCCUGCCCUGGGUAAAGUCACGUCUCCAUGCUUCUGUGGCUGCUGCUGCUGCUGGCUCCAGGAGGAGAACAAUCAGGAGUAGUUCCCAAAGCUUUACUUCUCCUUGAUCCUCCAUGGUCCACAGCCUUUAAAGGAGAGAAAAUAACUCUCACAUGCAGUGAUUCCCUUUCUCCAGCCCCAGCUGUAUUUUGGUAUCACAACAAGACACCAAUUUUGGAAAAAGCAUCUAGAUUGCAAAUAACACAGUCUGGAUCCUAUGAAUGCAAAACCCAAGGAUCUUCUCUCAGUGACCCUGUUCAUGUGGAAUUUUUAUCUGACUGGCUGAUCCUGCAGGUUUCAUAUCCUGUCUUUGAAGGAGAUCAGGUAGUUCUAAGAUGUCGUGGAAAGAAAGAAAAUGAAAUCAAGAGAAAGAUUUACUUCAAAGAUGGAGAACAACUCAGUGUCUCUGAUUCAGAUCUCAUACUGAAUUCAGUUUUCAGAGACAGUAGCACAUACCAUUGUACUGCUUCUGGGGCAACAGUGCUUAUACCAUGGAACACCAUUUCAACACCUCAAAAGAUCAAAAUUAAAGAACUGUUUCCACCUCCUUUGCUGACUGUCAACCCUUCCCAGCCCAUCGAGGACAGUCCAGUGACCCUGAAAUGUGAAACACACCUCCCUCCACAGAGGUUGCACAUCCAGUUCUGGUUCCGCUUUUUCAGAGACAGCAGAGUCCUGGGCUCAGGCUGGAACAACUCACCAGAGCUCCAUGUCCCCAUGAUGCAGACUGGAGAUUCUGGGUCUUAUGAGUGUGAGGCAAAGACAACGACUAACAAUGUCAUGAAACGAAGUUUGAGAUCUCAAAUACAUGUACAGAGAGUUCCAGUGUCUGAUGUAACACUUGAGAUCCAGCCUCCAGAGGGACAAUUGCUUGAAGGAGGAAAUAUGACUCUUAUCUGCUCAGUAGCCAAAGGCACAGGGAUGAUCACAUUCUCUUGGCACAGAGAGGAAAGAGAGGGCACAGUGAGAAGUUUGGAAAUAAAGACCCAGCACUCCCUGUCAGCUGAGCUGCAGAUACACACUGGGAAGGAACAUGAUGCAGGCAGAUAUUACUGCGCAGCUGCCAACAUCCAGGGACCCAUCCUCAGUGAAUGGAAGAGAGUCACAGUGAGAAUUCCAGUGUCCGAGCCUGUCCUCACCCUCAGGACCCCCAGGGCCCAGGCAAUGGUGGGAGACAUGGUGGAGCUUCACUGUGAGGCCCUGAGAGGCUCUCCCCCCAUCCUGUACUGGCUUUACCAUGAGAAUGUCACCCUGGGGCACAGUUCAGCCUCCUCUAGAAGAGGAAUGUCCUUCAACUUUUCUCUGACUGCAGAGCAUUUGGGAAACUACUCCUGUGAGGCUGACAAUGGCUUUGGACCCCAGCCCAGUGAAGUGGUGACACUCAGCAUUAUAGGACCUUCCAAAGGCAAAAUGGCCCUUAUCACUUCGAAAGCCACUGGAGGGCUGCUAAGUAUCCUGGCCUUUGCUGGUAUUGUUCUUCUGGUGCAUUACUUCAGAAUGAAAAGGAAAACAGGAGAACAUUCUGCAUCUGGAAGACCUAGUCAUCAAGAGCCCUUCCACUCUGAAUCUCUGGCUACAAUGGAGCUACAACCGGUGUAUAGCAAUGUGAGCCCUGGAGAUACCAACCUGGUUUAUUCUCAGAUCUGGGACCUCCAGCCCACAAAAGAAAACCCAGCAAAGAGACCCCAGAAGUAUAAGGAACCUGCUGUCAUCUACUCUGAGUUGAGGCAGAUACGGACAUAUGACACUGUAGAGCAGUCCAGCAGUGGAAGCAUGGCCCAUGGAAAUGCUACAGAAAACUAUGAGAAUGUCCUGUGUGCAUAGCUGCCUUCAGAGCACCAGCACUAAAGUCAAGAGAUUCCAAAGCCUAGCCUGUGCCAGACUCUCUGUCCUCAGCAAGUUUUGCUGAGGAACAUUAUUUCUUCUUGAAACAGGCAGGUUUUUUUUUAUUAUGAAAGAAGGACUUAUACUUUUGUUUACCUAUUAGUUGGUAUGAAAUACAGUGUAGAAUGUGCGUCUGGGGAUGUUAAGUGUCACCCCCAGCAGAGUGUACACAUUACAAAAUCCAGGUUCAAGCCUGUGAUCCCCAGUUUCAGGGAAGAAGUUUCAUGAGAGGUAUAUCAGAGCUGCAGGUGCCUCUCUUCUCUCCCUCCAUGUUCAUAAAAAUAAAACAAGGGUGUUGGGCGGUAGUGCAAUGGGUUAAGUGCAUGUGGCACAAAGUGCAAGGACCAGUUAGGAUCCUGGUUCCAGCCCCUGGCUCCCCAUUGCUAGGGAGUUGCUUCACAGUCAGUGAAGCAAGUCUGCAGGUUUCUCUCUGUCUCUCUUCAUCUCUAUCUCCCCAUUAUCUCUCAAUUUCUCUCUGCUUCUAUCCAAUAACAAAUAAACAAAUUUUAAAAAGUAUUUGAAACAAAACAAAAUAAACAAGCAAACACAUCAGAAUAUUUUAUUGACUUUUAAAAGGAAUAAGAAUCUAAGUGAUCAACGUGUAGUUUGUGUCUGCGCUUAAACAUGAUUGGAAGUUCCUCAGCACUUUGUAUUUCCUAAAGAAUAAAGAAGGGUGGGGGAGACAGCAUAAAGGUUAUGCAAACAGA